UGGGGGGUUGGGGCGGCAUGACCGGACCCGGGUCCCUUCCCAGCCCCGCGCUCUGUGCUUUGGGGCCAGCGCCUGUCGGUCUCGAGGCGCACUUCCCUCUCCUGGGUUCCCGCCAGCCUCCUCUCUCCAGCUUCCAACCCCUCGCAGGUGGGAUCGUCGGUGCGAGCGGAGCGCGGGCGGGCGCGCGCCCCCCGGGACCAUGGCCGGGUCCGAUACCGCGCCCUUCCUCAGCCAGGCGGAUGACCCGGACGACGGGCCGGGGUCCGGCCCCGCGGGGUUGCCGGGGCCCGUGGGGAGCCCGAAGGCCGGGGAGCCGCAGGUCCCUGACCGGGAGGGGCUGCAGCGCAUCACGGGCUUGUCUGCGGCUCGUUCGGCUCUCAUAGUGGCCGUGCUCUGCUACAUCAACCUCCUGAACUACAUGGACCGCUUCACCGUCGCGGGCGUCCUGCCCGACAUUGAGCAGUUCUUCGGCAUCGGAGACAGCAGCUCCGGACUCAUCCAGACCGUGUUCAUUUCCAGUUACAUGGUGUUGGCACCUGUGUUUGGCUACCUGGGUGACAGGUACAAUCGGAAGUAUCUCAUGUGUGGGGGCAUUGCCUUCUGGUCCCUGGUGACAUUGGGGUCAUCCUUCAUCCCCAGAGAGCGUUUCUGGCUGCUCCUCCUGACCCGGGGCCUGGUGGGGGUCGGGGAGGCCAGUUACUCCACCAUCGCCCCCACGCUCAUCGCCGACCUCUUCGUGGCAGACCAGCGGAGCCGCAUGCUCAGCGUGUUCUACUUCGCCAUUCCCGUGGGCAGUGGCCUGGGUUACAUUGCAGGCUCCAAGGUGAAGGACGUGGCUGGGGACUGGCACUGGGCUCUGCGGGUGACACCGGGUCUCGGAGUGGUGGCCGUCCUGCUGCUGUUCCUGGUAGUGCGAGAGCCACCACGGGGAGCUGUGGAGCGCCACUCAAAUUCGCCACCCCUGAACCCCACAUCGUGGUGGGCGGAUCUGAGGGCUCUGGCAAGAAACCCUAGUUUCAUCCUGUCCUCCCUCGGCUUCACGGCUGUGGCCUUCGUCACGGGCUCCCUGGCCCUCUGGGCUCCUGCAUUCCUGCUGCGUUCCCGGGUGGUCCUGGGGGAGACCCCCCCCUGCCUUCCUGGAGACUCCUGCUCUUCCUCGGACAGCCUCAUCUUCGGGCUCAUCACCUGCCUCACCGGGGUCCUGGGUGUGGGCCUGGGUGUGGAGAUCAGCCGCCGCCUGCGCCGCUCCAACCCGCGGGCUGACCCCCUGGUCUGUGCCGCUGGCCUCCUGGGCUCCGCACCCUUUCUCUUCCUGUCCCUCGCCUGUGCCCGCGGGAGCAUCGUGGCCACUUACAUCUUCAUCUUCAUUGGAGAGACUCUGCUGUCCAUGAACUGGGCCAUUGUGGCGGACAUUCUGCUGUACGUGGUGAUCCCCACGCGACGCUCCACCGCCGAGGCCUUCCAGAUCGUGCUGUCCCACCUGCUGGGCGACGCUGGGAGCCCCUACCUCAUCGGCCUGAUCUCCGACCGCCUCCGUCGCAGCUGGCCGCCAUCUUUCCUGUCCGAGUUCCGGGCCCUGCAGUUCUCGCUCAUGCUCUGCGCCUUCGUCGGGGCGCUGGGCGGGGCGGCCUUCCUGGGCACCGCCAUGUUCAUCGAGGGCGACCGCCGGCGGGCGCAGCUGCACGUGCAGGGUCUGUUGGCCGAGGCGGGGCCCGCAGAUGACCGCAUCGUGGUGCCGCAGCGUGGCCGCUCCACCAGGGUCCCCGUGUCCAGUGUGCUCAUCUGAGUGGCCGUCCCUCACCUGUCCACACAUCUGCCGCCGCGGGCCCUGGGGCCUGGCCCACGAGGUGCCCGGGCCUAAGCCCUCAGCCCGGCCCAGCUUCCAGGAGGGACCCUGGGCCCUGUCCAGCUCCCAGACACUACAUGGGCAGCCUAGGGGAGGAGUUGGGGGUCUGGGGUGGGGAGGGGGUGGGGUCCCCUCCACUGGAGCAG